AUGGAUCAUUUCAACCAUACCUGGAGCCAGAGUUUCAUCCUUGCUGGUCUCACUGCCAGUGAGACCCUACGACCUCUUGCCUUCCUGGGGACACUCUGUAUCUAUCUCCUCACCCUUGCAGGGAACGUGAUUAUCAUCAUCCUGGUUCAGGUAGAUUCUAGACUGUACACACCCAUGUACUUCUUUAUCAGUGUCCUCUCCUUUCUGGAGCUCUGGUACGUCAGCACCACGGUGCCCACGCUGCUACACACCUUGCUUCACGGGUGCUCACCCAUCUCAUCGACUGUGUGUUUUUUCCAGCUGUAUGUCUUCCAUUCUUUGGGCAUGACUGAGUGCUACCUGUUGGGUGUCAUGGCACUGGACCGCCACCUUGCCAUCUGCCGCCCCCUCCACUACCAUGCACUCAUGAGCAGACGGGUACAGCUUUGGCUAGCUGGGACCCCUUGGGUGGCUGGCUUCUCAGCUGCACUUGUGCCAGCCAGUCUCACCGCCACUCUGCCCUUCUGCUUGAAAGAGGUGGCCCAUUAUUUUUGUGACCUGGCACCACUAAUGCAGUUGGCAUGUGUGCAUACAGGCUGGCAUACUUGGAUCCAUAUUGUAGUGAUUGGCAUGAUCACCUCAUGCAGUCUUGUUCUUAUUUUGGGACUCUAUGGAGGCAUCCAAUCCACUAUUCGAUCAAAAAUUUGUAAAACAUGA